AUGAGCACCCACAUCUCCACCAACAAACUCGCCAACACCCGUGUUCUCAUCGUAGGAGGCACAUCCGGUAUUGGUUUCGCUGUGGCCCGGGUUGCCCUCGAGCACGGUGCCUCCAUCAUCGUUGCCAGCUCCAAAUCUGACAAAGUCAACUCCGCCAUCACCCGUCUGAAAUCCUUCUACCCAGACGAGGAGCACACAAAUCGCAUCGCCGGCACCGUCUGCAACCUUGCUGACCGCGAGACCCUCGAAGCCAACACCACGGAUGCCCCCGACGGCAAAGUUCUCCUUGACCACGUGGUGAUGACCGCCGGUGAUGCUCUAAACCUCCGCAAACCCACCGACCCAACCUUCGACGUUCCCUUCAUCGAGUCUUCGGGCACCGUCCGCUUCAUCGGCUCACUCAUCCUCGCCAAGCAUGCCCCGACCUACGUGCGUCAGACGUCAUCCUCGUCGUUGACCUUCACCAGCGGCGUGCUGGCCGCUCGCCCGGCACCAGGAUGGACGCUGGCGGCCGCUACCGGCACUGCUAUCGAAGGUAUGGCGCGCGGGUUGGCGGUUGAUCUGGCGCCUAUUCGGGUGAACACGGUUGCGCCGGGGGCGGUGUUGACAGAGAUAUUUGGGACUCUGGAGACGGAUAAUCUGGAAAAAAUGGUUGAGAUGUUCCGGAGUCAGACACUUACCGGAGAGAUUGGGAAGCCGGAGGAUGUGGCUGAGGCGUACCUUUAUCUUAUGAAGGAUCGGUUUGUGACGGGGGAGUUGCUUGCGAGCAAUGGGGGCAGGUUGUUGAAGUGA